UCAGAAUCACUCUUCAUUCUUAACACACUAUCAAGUGUAUACGUUACCAUGGCAAUGGUUUUGGUUUGGUAGUGUUGACAUUUAAAAACAAGAGUUCUUGAAAGUCAAUUCCAGUGACUCAAUCAGAUCAUUGUUGAUCCACUCUUCAGCUGAACACAUACCGUUCAUUUGUGCCUGUUGAAUCAACUGUGCUUGAGUACGCUCUACUCUCCAGUCUAUUAGAAAUCGUUGGAACAUUUUCAUUGUGACUUUGACACUUCAGCCUGCUCUGCAUGUACAGCAACAACAUACCAAUGGAGUUCGUUGAAGGAAGCAGAGGCAUCUACAAACCCAUCAGGGUGUUGUUCGACACGCCCAUAUAUGAGCGGGCUUUGCAGCUCUGCUGGCAUGUGAAGUCUUACAAGUCCAAGAUUGCAUUGGUGAUUGAACUUUUGAGGCUUCAGCGGGAAAAUAGGAUCCCAUCUAAGGUGACUUUGGAAGAUAUGACAGACCUGCUGGUAGAGCAAAGCAAAGAUACAAUAAGAGUGCAGCUCUGGGAGUUUGAAUUGGAGGACUUUGAUGAGGAAGAGGCCAAGCCUCUUCUCACGCUGGUGUGGGAGGUAAACAACAGCAUGAAAAUGAGAGACAUUGAGUUUGAAGCCACAAGGCUACUCAAGUCACCAGAAGACAUCCCUCCUUGUUUUCAACAUCCAAAGCUUGUUAAUUUGGCUCAAGAGUACGGCAGGAGCCUGACAGAGCAGCUGCAGUCGGCCCCCAGGUCCAAACUGCUCAGCCCAGGAGAUGUGGUGGUGGAGGUCGUUCCAAAAGUCCUGCAGGGCUUCUGGUUACCUCCUCCAAGCACCUUCCUCGACAUGCCCUCCCAGCAGCUCAGUGAAAUGGCUGUUAGUGUCACAAAGUUUGUUUUGGACCGGGUCUCCACUGCUUUGUCCACUGUGCACCAUCGGGUCAACUUCUUCCGCUCCAUCAGAGACAGCAUGGUCCUGUCUAUCCAGGAAACGGUUAGGCAGAUGUACCCUCAAGACGUCCUGAGGAGAAGGCUUAACUGCUUUGCAGCACAAGUGCUGAACACUAUUGUUGAUGCUGCAGUGAAAGAGGUCCUUCUGCUGUUUCAGCCUCAGACCGAUACCCAUGUGCCUGCAAAUACAAGCACCAAAAACAAUUGCACCCAGCACACCCAGGCUGUAGAUUUGAAUGAGGAACCUGGUCUGGAGGAAGAUGGAGAACCAAUCCAAGAUCCAGAAUCAUCUGUUUUGUAUUCUCCACCCAGUCCUCUGACUCCCAAUGCUGAACCUGCUGCCAAUAUUUUCUUGGAUGUAACAGUAUCAUCUGCCUCUAUGCCCCGCCUAGAAGCCUGCUCUGCUGUGGUUCCAGCUCUGCCAUCUUCUGUUCCCCCUACUGAUGAACCUCCUACCAUCACUGUUGUCCAGGAUGGUUUGACAAUCAGCCAGAUUGAACCAGCGGAGCAGUUGACUCCAGAGACAGACUUUGCCGAGGUGUCAUCACCACCACUUCCUCUGACCCCUGCCACUGAACAUCCAGUCACGACAUCAGUCCUGGAUAGUAACCAUAUGAAUGAAAGGACCACCAGAAAACCUGACUCUUCUGUCUUGUCUCCUCCACACGCUUCUCUGACUAGUUCUAAAUCUUCUGCAAACAUUGACUUGGAUGAAACAGAGGAUUCUUCCUGUGUGCCCAGCCUAAAAACUCCUGUGGCUACAGCUCAUCCACCACCUCUGACUCCUACCAUCACUGUUGUACACAAUGGUUUGACAAUCAGCCAGAUUGAACCAGCGGAGCAGUUUACUCCAGAGACAGACUUUGCUAAGGGGACAUCUCCACCACUUCCCAUGACUCCCCCUGCUGAACCCCCAGUCAUGACUUUAGUCCUGAAUGGUGAGGAUGUGAUCAAGGAGCUCAGCAGAGAACCAGACUCAGCUGUGACUGCGACUCUACAGGCUCUUCCAAUCAACCAUGAUGCAGCGCAGGAUGACCUUACAAUCAGCCAGGUUAAGGUUGAAAAGAAGAGUGGAGUCCAGCGCUUCUUCAGUUGGUUCAGGAAAACACUAUGCUGCUGUUGCCUGCCUGAAGACGCAGACUGAGGGCCAGAUGUACUAACGCUUUUGCACCCACUUCAGGCGUAUUUGUUUCGCAACGUGCGUGUAAAAGCAUGGCGAUGUAGGCUAUGUACAGACAGGCCGCACUGAGGUAAAAGCGUAUGGCGUUAUAUAUGUGCCUCAUUCCUGAGCAGGUAAUUGUAUGUUUUGAGCACAGAGAACUAUAUUCUGCAAGCACAUUAUAUUACAUUUUGAACAGAAAUUAACACUUGCAAAAAAUAACUUUGUUUGAGCAAACAAUAACCUAUUCGGUGCUACUCUGUGUGUAAGGUGUAGAAAAUGUAACAACUUUUUUUUAUUUCAUAUAGUAAUAUUUAUAG